CCGAUCCACCCAGCCAGGCCGGCGUGGCGAACACUUCGUUCGAUCGCUCAGUUGUAGAGCCCACGCCGGACGCACCGCUUUCUCCGUUAAUAUAAAAGCACACACACAGAAAAGCAAAAUUUAGUAAAUCGUCAGUCUGAGCCAGUCAGCCAUUGCAAUCGAGGGCGGAGUGGGGGGGAUCGGGGUGUGCGAUUGGUCGGGCCUGGAUAGUGCGGCCGAAUGUAACAUGGCAACUUCCCUCUGGCCAGGUCUGGCAGCCGUGAGGAAUCUCCUGACACACGUCCAUUCAAGGUUACGGGCAUCAUGCACAGCCGUUCCUCACUUGAACUUUCACUCGAGCCUCGCUCUACCUGCGAAAAACUGGGAGAGGAAGAACCGGAAAGUCUACCCUCCGCAGCUGCCGCACGAGCCUCGCCGGCCAGUGGAGGUUUACCACUGCAGAAGACAGAUUAAGUAUAGCAAGGACAAGAUGUGGUACCUGGCAAAGAUGAUAAGAGGGUUGACCUUUGACCAGGCCGUUGCCCAACUCCAGUUCAAUGACAAAAAGGGAGCAAAGGUUAUGUUGGAGGUCCUUCUAGAAGCUCAGGAAAUGGCGGUGAGGAAUCACAAUCUGGAAUAUAGAUCCAACCUCUACGUUGCCGAGUCCUUCUCCGGUAAGGGCCAGUACCUGAAACGUCUGCGUUACCAUGGUCGGGGCAUGUUUGGUAUUAUGGACAGGGUCUACUGUCACUACUUUGUGAAGCUGGUGGAAGGCAGCCCCCCGAUCGAGAAGAAGACCACUGGACUGGACCAGGCCAAAGAGUACGUGCAGAGUCUACGCAACCGAACCAUUAUCCACGCCCUGUAGCGGACCCAACGCAGCACUGUUUUAUCAAUGGACUGGUAGCUGUGUUUGGGGCAUUGCCUGUAUAACUGUUGUAAAUAAAUAACACAUAUUGUU